CGGGGUCUGGAGUCACAGGGACGAGUCGGUAAGCGAUGCCGCCCGUCGUCGACGUAGGUAGUCGCAUGAAGUCAGUUGUUCGUUUCUCAGUGUUGGGUGUAAAGUGACUCGUGAAAAAAAAAAGUAGUUUUGAGAUAUUCGUUAUUAAAAUUCUGACAGAGGAAAUAUUAGGAAAAAAUGGCUACGGUAUGCUGUCGUGCUCUAUACGUUGUCAAAUGGUAUGAAAUAUCCCGCGUGUUAACCGUAUCCUCCACCCUGGUUACAACAAAAAAUUACCGGAAUGAGACAUGGUGCAAAAGAUGGUGGCAUUUUUCGCAGAGAAAUUUUUCUACGACGAGGAGCUACUUCGCUCCGAAUUUAAGUCCUAUAUUUGCAAAAGGAAUGGAGAAUAUAUGCACGAAGGAAAAAAAAUCGAAAUCAACGAAAGAUGACAAAGCGGAGAAACAGUUAGUUUUAGAUAAAACAGAUGGCGUUAUUUCAAAUGUAACUGUAACAUACCAUAGAGGAUUGCCAAAGAUCAUAGUACCACUACCAUCCAGAAAAGAGCAUUGUGUAUUUGUCUUAAAACCAAUCACCCACACUGUAGGAGAUUUCAUUCAGAUGUUAAAGAAAGAAGACGGUGGUAUCGAUCGAGCAUCUGUGACAACUAUUGAUGGUAUUAGAAUAGGCUCCAACAACACGAUAGAAUCGUUAAUGGAAAACGAUUUUCGACUGAUAAUAAAUGACGCUGAAUAUUUAGUGCAACCACCAUUGCAUCACAAGCACACAAUGGAAAACAUAGAGAAGUUAUCAGAUAUUCAAAUAUUAAUCGGUCAAUUGUACGAAACAUUUCACGUUCGAGAACACCAUGUCAAUAUGGAGAAGCAAGUAUUAACUAAACUGGAGGCUGUCAGAUUAGAACUCGAACCUCUUGAGCAGAAAUUGCAAGAAAUAGAGAGUACAGCAAAUAGAAGAGCAAAUAUCUUCAUCUGGGUAUGUCUUGUUCUAAUGUCUAUUCAAUUCAGCGGCCUUGCCAGAUUGACUUGGUGGGAAUACUCCUGGGAUAUCAUGGAACCAAUUACAUAUUUCGUUAAUUAUGGCACUACGAUGGCAUUAUUCAUCUACUUUGUUUUAACGAAACAGGAAUACAUAUUGCCGGAUGUAAUGAAUAGACGACAAUUGAUUACGCUUCACAAGAAAGCAAAAAAGCUUGGAUUUAAUUUAAAUCAUUACAAUUAUCUAAAAGAUCGAGCUUAUGAACUAGAAACUACUUUGAAAAUUAUUCGUGGACCUUUAUAUGAACAUAAAAAUCAUAUAGAACAGAAAGAAAGAGAAAGAUCAAGUUCGAGCAGUUCAAGAUCGCCAAGUUCAUCACCUAGUCCUAGCCCUAGCCCGGAAAGAACUCUUCCUAAGAAAGAAAAAAUGGCCAUCGCUGCUUCAGAGAAUUAUCAACUUAAAUGGCACAGCUAUGGUGCUCAUCUGCACAGCUCUGUCGCGACAUUACUCCAUUCAGAAUCCUUCGCAGAUGUCUUGUUAGCAACAUCCUGUGGUCGGCACGUGGCGGCUCAUCGAUUUGUCCUUGCCGCUUGCUCUUCGUAUCUUAGUCAUAUUUUUCAAACAUGUCAUUUCGGUGCAAAUACAAACGCUCCAAUAAUUGUGGUAUUACCAACAGAAAUUGGUUAUCGUACAUUAAAAAUACUGAUUCAAUAUAUGUAUAGUGGUGAAGCUACGGUAACAAAUGAUCAAUUAGAAGGUGUAUUAAAAGCAGGCGAUAUAUUACGUGUACGUGGUUUAUGGAGAUCUAAUACUGGAAGUAAAAAAGAAAAUAUACAAUCGAAUAAUCAGAAAAUGGAUAGAGAAAAACGGGAGCAGCCACCUUUAACUGGUCAAAUUCAAAAAAUCAAAUUGGUUCAACCGAGCGCGGAAAAAAUUGUUGAAAAUACACAACAGAAUACACCAAUACAAAAUAAUAUUCAACCUCAAAAACCUAUGUCAGAAAGAAAAAGUAUUGAAAAAAUUGAAGAGAAAACUAAUGAACCAGAAUCUAAAAAGGUUUUAGAGGAAAAUAAAAAUAAUGAACAAAAUAAAAAUAAAGAAAAUGUGGAAAACAAUGGUAAAAAAAGAAAAACAACCAAUAGUGAUGUAGAAUCUAAUAAAUCUAAAAGUGAAGAUGGCGAAAAUACUGAAUUGAAUUUAGAACUUUUAGUAAAAGACGAACCAAUUUGGGAAGAAACUAUUGAUCCGUCAGAAUCAUUAACGAUAGAUCACGAGAUUGAUAUAAAACCGGAAAUCGUACAUAGUGCAGAUGAAGAAGAAGAAUACAGCCCGUUAACAUGCGAUAUGUGCAGUCAAACAUUUAAUCGACCAUCAGAUUGGGUACGACAUAUUGAAUUUACACAUGCUGAUAUGACCGAAAAUCGAAGAAAAAAGAGGAAGGGCGACGUAGAUGACGAUAGCAAAGAUUUUCCACCUUUAAAAUGUGAUCUUUGUGGUAAUAUGUAUUCAACACCUCAAGAAUGGGUACGUCAUAUACAAACCGAACAUACAGAAGAGCAAUUAGCUCUAAUGAAUAACUCAGCGCCUCCUAAACCAAAAAGAGUUCAUAGUCAUCAAAAAUUGUGUAACAUUUGUCAAAAAGAAUUUCCAAGCCAUGCGUCAAUGGUAAUUCAUCAAAGAACGCAUACGGGGGAAAAGCCUUUUCUUUGUUCCUAUUGUAAAAAAGGCUUUAACGUAAAAAGUAAUUUAUUAAGGCAUUUAAGGACAUUGCAUGACAAAUAUGUACAUCCCAGUUUAUAUGGGAGUAAUGGCAACACGAAUGCUUAAGCCCUUACAUAAUUUUUUAAUUGUACAUGUUUUUUUUUGUUAAUACUUCAUUUACAGGGCAAGUACCACAUAACAUCUCACACUUUUUAAAAUUAUAUUUAUAGACUGAAAAAACAAUAUAUGCAUUGAUAUAUGCAUUGAUAAUCUCGCAUAAGCAAAUUAUCAAAUUGGUCCAAAUAAUUACCGAUAGUAUCGAUGUAUGUGGUAUCUUUUUUGAAAAUGAAUAAGUAUUAACAGUUUCAUUAAUUUUAAAUAGAUAAUUUCAUAUUUUCCUUUUACAUUAAAUUUGAUUACGUAUUAACAUGAAUGCGUAUUUCAUUAUGUAAAAAAAUAAUUGUUUUAGUUUUGAAUGUGUAUUAUAUUAAAAAGAAAAAAGCAAUAUCAGGGCUUUAAAACUAAAGAGGCUGAUUACUAUUGCCAAAGUAUCUUGUUUUAUUGCUAUUUAAAUUUACUUUUGAACAUAGAACAAGAUGUGGAAAAUAUUUUAUUUGAUUUGAUUCAAAUGCAUAAAAAUAAGAAUUAAUGAUAAACAGGUCUUCGCAGUAUGGGCGUGUAAAAUAAUUUAUAGUAUAAAUCAACAUCUAUUGAUUAUAUAUAAUAUAUAAUUAUUUAGUAACUAUAUGAGAUCCAAAUUAUGUAAGAUUUUACUGUAUACUUUUAGGCUAUUCCAUCCAUGGUAGCCCACUUAUUCCCUCAGCUCGUAAGUUAAUUAUGUAUUUUUAUAUUAAACUAGCUUAUACAUAAAAGAUAUAAGAAAUAAGACAACUAAAAAUAAAUGAAAAAUUUAAAUUUCAAUUAGGCUAGGAUAUAAGAAAUAACACAUAAUUCAAAAUUUAUCAAAUGUUUUGGAAAUAUAUUGAGUUCUUCUUACAUAUAAAAAAAAUGCAAUAUUAUCAAAAUAUUGUCACAGUUUAUGAAACAGUAACAAUUACAAAUCUUAUAAGAAUGACACCAUAUUACCAUGUUUAUCAUGAUUGUGUCAAUGAUGAAUCUUAGUGUCAAUUUCACGUUGCGCUAACACUGUGACGAGCCAAAUGACUUUUAAAUGUAAAAUUUAAAUAUAUUACCUUCAAAGUAUUUCUAAUUAUCCUUUUAUCGUUCCUCAAUAAUGAAUAUCAAAAUAUCUUUGUUUAUCAUUCACUAUUUAUAUUAAGAUUUUGAAAAUAUUUAAUUCUUUUUUAAUAAUAUGAUAAAUAUAACAGUAAAAAAAUCAAAGUAUACAAAGUUAAAGUAAUGCUAUAUUGAUAACUUAUAUAAAAAAAUAUUCAAGAUAAAAAAAAUAUUCCAAUCUUAAAAAAAAAUUAAUUUUCUUCAUCAUCAUCAAUUUUUGGUGCCAGAUAAUAUCUAAUGUGUCCAAUAUCUCCAAUUUUGUAUUCACAUACAAGAGGCACAUCAUUAGACAUUGAUAAUUGUACUUGUGCACAUAAGGGUCCAGCCUUUAUAAAACAAUUAAGAUAACGACAUGAAAAUGUUAAUUUUACUGGUUCUUGCAUAUUGACAAUUACUGCUUCUUCUUCAUUAUCUGCAUCUGCUGUUUGUGCUAAUUUAACAGUAGCUAAAAAAAAAUAAUUUAUAUGCAAUCAUAAUUUAUAAUAUUAAUUGUAUAGAUAUAUUUUUACAUUUUGCAAUAUAUACUUUUUAUAAUUCA